UUGGAUUGAUAAAAUAAAGGGCUUCUAACUAUCUUGUUAUCCUAUAAAUGAACAUAAACCAACCUAUUGUAUGGAAAGGAAGGGGAGGUUCUAGAGAGAGAGAGCCCGUUGAUGAGUUCCGAGGUAUCUAGUUUAGAAAUACCUUGUUUUAACUAUAUCGUACUAUGUAUCAUUUGAUAACCCCCCAAACCCCCUAUCUUUUUUCUGAUUCAAAUUGAAUUUAAAAUGGAAGACUUUCAAGUAUAUUUCGAAUUAUAUAGAUCUCAGCAACACGACUUACUAUACCCACUUAUCUUUCGGGAGUCUAUUUACGCCCUUGCUCAUGAUCGUGGUUUAAAUAGAUCCGUUUUAUUGGAUAAUGUAGGUUAUGACAAGAAAGCUAGUUUACUAAUUAUAAAACGUUUAAUUAGUCGAAUGUAUCAACAGAAUCGUUUUAUUAUUUCCUUUAAUGAUUCUAAUCAAAAUAAAUUUUUGGGGUACAACAAAAAUUUGUAUUCUCAAAUGAUAUCGGAGGGAUUUGCAGUCAUUGUGGAAAUUCCGUUUUCCCUACGAUUAGUAUCUUCCUUAGAGGAGACAGAAACCAUAAAAUCUUAUAAUUUACGAUCAAUUCAUUCAAUAUUUCCUUUUUUCGAGGACAAAUUUCCACAUUUAAAUUAUGCAUCAGAUGUACUCAUACCCUACCCUAUCCAUCUGGAAAUCUUGGUUCAAACCCUUCGCUACUGCAUGAAAGAUCCCUCCUCUUUGCAUUUAUUACGGCUCUUUCUUUACGAGUAUUAUAGUUGGAAUACUGUUAUUACUCCAAAAAAAUCCAUUUUUGCAAAAAGGAAUCAAAGAUUAUUCUUGCUCCUAUACAAUUCUUAUGUAGGUGAAUACGAAUCCAUUUACUUUUUCUCCGUAAUCAGUCUAAUCAUUUACGAUUAAACUCUUUUAGGAUCUUUUUUGAGCGAAUACGUUUUUAUGAAAAAAUAA